UACUGGUUUGACUCAAGUUACUGGCCAGUGACUGACUCAGUGACGACACGCCAAUUGCCGGAGGAUGGAUAUGUUCUCUCAAAUCUAUAGAGCUGUCUCAUCUAGACUUCCCUCCUUGUCCAGCUCCGCUCACACAUCAUCAGCAUCCAGAAUGAACCCGAAGGAAAUCCAAGAGUUUGUUGAGAACAACCUCAAAGACAACGGCCUCGUCGUCUUCAUCCGGACUUCACCGCCUUGCUACUUCUGCCAACAAGCUCUCCGCUUCUUGCAGAAAUAUCCAGAGCUCCAUGGUAAAUCAGUCGACCUUAGUGAAACCGGGGAGCAGCAGGCUAUUAUCAGCUACCUUGGCAGCCUCCCAGGUUCUGCACCCACAUUCCCUCGGGUUUUUGCAAACAAGGAAUUAAUCGGCGGUUAUUCCGAUUUGGAGGGCUUGGGUGCAUCUGGUGUAAAGGCCAUUAUCCAGAAGGUGUGAGGACCGCGGAUCAAUACAGUUCCGAGUGAUUGGUUCAGUGAUGUCGUACAAGUUGAAUCAUAUGAAUUUCAGAGAGGGCAAUGUAUCUUGAGGAUUGGCAUACCAUGUACGAGAUUCAUAUUAUUGUGACCCACAAGUACUACAAUCUCCUCGGUAAUGAUUAAUAUAUUGACCCUUGGAGCCUAGUCUGACCUAA